AAAAAGUAUGUGGGCUCGGUUGCAAAAUGCUGCUUUGUCUGUUUAUCAAAGUCGAUCAAUUUUUGUGUGUCCUUCCCUGUUAUGUCACUCUGUUCGUUUAUUUGAGAAAGAAUUGAGAUAAAAAAAUUUCAAUCGAUUCGAAUCAAAGUUAUAUUUACAAAUCCCUAACCCUAAAAUCUCAAAAAGCCAAUCAAUCUCGGGGCUCUGCUUCUUCUCUGUAGGACGAAGAUGAAAGCAGAUUGUGUGGUGGCAGGCUUGGUUUAUGGUUUGAUUUUGUUAGUGGCUGAGGUUCAUGGCAACACCGCGCCGGCUUUUCUAUGGUCGCCUCAUGAUGAUCAGUUCUCAAGUAAUGUAGUUAAGGAUGCAGUAAAUUAUCAGACCAUCUCUUCAAAGGAUCUAGCAAGGUCUGUUCUGACUGAAGGUGGCUGGUCAAACUUACUGUGCUCAGGGAAGAAAUUUCAGAACACUGUGGAUGUGGCACUUGUCUUUGUUGGUAGAGAGUUGCAAUCUUUGGAUAUUUCAGCUAAUAAACAUGCAGACCAAGCUCUUGUAGACUUGCUCAAGGUGUCUUUCACAAGAUCCAAUUUUUCCAUGGCAUUCCCGUAUGUUGCUGCAUCAGAGGAGGAGACAAUGGAAAAUUUGUUGGUUUCAGGGUUUUCAGAAACAUGUGGGCAUGAUUUGGAUAUCAGUAAUGUUGCUUUCCUGGAAUCAUGCUCUGUAAAGGAUGGAAAUUUUCAAAAAAUUGCAGACCUGCACUCAGUACAUGAUUAUCUGGUUUCAAGAAUUGGAAAGAGGCAAAAUGGGCAAGCAGAUUUGGUUGUGGUCUGCCAUGGAGGGUCUGGUAACUUGAAAGAACUUGACCAACCACAAUCCGAAAGUGUGAUUCUUACUGAGCUUAUCAGAUCUGUGGAGCAGUCUGGGGCAAAAUAUGCAGCUCUCUAUGUUUCAGAUCCCUUUAGCUCAAUUCAAUAUCCUUCGUAUCGGGAAAUUGGAAGGUUUCUUGCUGAAGGUGCAUCGGGAAAUAAAUCAGGAAAUUCUACCUGUGAUGGAGUUUGCCAGUUUAAAUCAUCACUUCUGGAGGGAAUUCUAGUUGGUGUCGUCUUGCUUAUAAUCUUAAUAUCGGGUCUUUGCUGUAUGAUGGGCAUUGACACUCCAACAAGAUUUGAGGUAGCCCAAGACUCUUGAUUCGUUGUUCGUGCAAAGAUAAGACCCAUCUGUUGUGGUGCUGGAUCUUAUAUUUUGGGGCAUUGGUGAAAGUAGUUGUUUGAUAUACAGUUGCAGCGAGCAGCGAUGUUAGUUUGUAAUAUUUGUUCACUUGCUCAAGAGCAUUAUAUCAUGUUGGAAAUAAUGGAGAAUCAUGUUAUUUUUGUAAACGAAUUGAGGUUAUUUUUGGGUUCA